AUGUCUAAGGCCGUCGGUAUCGAUUUAGGUACUACCUACUCAUGUGUCGCUCAUUUCGCUAACGAUAGAGUCGAUAUCAUUGCUAAUGAUCAAGGUAACAGAACCACUCCAUCUUUCGUCGCUUUCUCCGACACUGAAAGAUUGAUUGGUGAUGCCGCUAAGAAUCAAGCCGCUAUGAACCCAGCUAACACUGUUUUCGACGCUAAGCGUUUAAUCGGUAGAAACUUCAGUGACCCAGAAGUCCAAACUGAUAUGAAACAUUUCCCAUUCAAGAUUGUCGAUGUUGAUGGUAAGCCAUUGAUUCAAGUUGAAUACAAAGGUGAAACCAAAACUUUCACUCCAGAACAAAUCUCUUCUAUGGUUUUAGGUAAGAUGAAGGAAACCGCCGAGUCUUACCUAGGUUGUGACGUUAACGACGCUGUCGUCACCGUUCCAGCUUAUUUCAACGAUUCCCAAAGACAAGCUACUAAGGAUGCUGGUACUAUUGCUGGUUUAAACGUUUUAAGAAUCAUCAACGAACCAACUGCCGCUGCUAUUGCUUACGGUUUAGACAAGAAAGGCCAUGAAGAAAAUGUCUUGAUUUUCGAUUUAGGUGGUGGUACUUUCGAUGUCUCUUUAUUAUCCAUUGAAGAUGGUAUUUUCGAAGUUAAAGCUACUGCUGGUGACACCCAUUUAGGUGGUGAAGAUUUCGAUAACAGAUUAGUUAACCACUUCGUCCAAGAAUUCAAGAGAAAGAACAAGAAGGACUUAACAACUAACCAAAGAGCUUUAAGAAGAUUAAGAACCGCUUGUGAAAGAGCUAAGAGAACUUUAUCUUCUUCCGCUCAAACUUCUAUUGAAAUCGACUCUCUAUUUGAAGGUAUUGAUUUCUACACUUCCAUCACCAGAGCUAGAUUCGAAGAAUUAUGUGCUGAUUUAUUCAGAUCUACUUUAGACCCAGUCGAAAAGGUUUUAAUCGACUCCAAAUUAGACAAAUCUUUGGUUCACGAAAUUGUCUUAGUCGGUGGUUCUACCAGAAUUCCAAAGGUCCAAAAGUUAGUCACUGACUACUUUAACGGUAAGGAACCAAACAGAUCCAUUAACCCAGAUGAAGCUGUUGCUUACGGUGCUGCUGUCCAAGCCGCUAUCUUGACCGGUGACCAAUCUUCUAAGACCCAAGAUUUAUUAUUAUUAGAUGUCGCUCCAUUAUCUUUAGGUAUUGAAACUGCUGGUGGUGUCAUGACCAAAUUGAUUCCAAGAAACUCUACUAUCCCAACAAAGAAAUCUGAAACUUUCUCCACUUACGCUGACAACCAACCAGGUGUCUUAAUUCAAGUCUUCGAAGGUGAAAGAGCUAAGACAAAGGAUAACAACUUAUUAGGUAAAUUCGACUUAAGUGGUAUUCCACCAGCCCCAAGAGGUGUCCCACAAAUCGAAGUUACUUUUGAUGUUGACUCUAACGGUAUCUUAAACGUUACCGCUGUCGAAAAGGGUACCGGUAAGACUAACAAAAUUACUAUCACCAACGACAAGGGUAGAUUAUCAAAGGAAGAUAUCGAAAAGAUGGUUUCCGAAGCUGAAAAAUUCAAGGAAGAAGAUGAAAAGGAAACUCAAAGAAUCGCUUCUAAGAAUCAAUUAGAAUCUAUCGCUUACUCCUUGAAGAAUUCCAUUAGUGAAGCUGGUGACAAGUUAGAAGAAGCCGACAAGGAAACUGUUUCCAAGAAGGCUGACGAAGUCAUUGCCUGGUUAGACAGCAACUUAACUGCUACCAAGGAAGAAUUUGACGACCAAUUAAAGGACUUACAAGAAAUUGCUAACCCAAUCAUGACCAAGUUAUACCAACAAGGUGGUAUGCCAGGUGCUGAAGCUGGUGCUCCAGGUGGUUUCCCAGGUGGUGCUCCACCAGCUCCAGAAGCUGAAGGUCCAACUGUUGAAGAAGUUGAUUAA